AGGCCUGCUCAUCCUAUGGUCGAGGAGAACCAGAAGAAAGAGAGAGAGGUUACAGAGACAACCUCGGCGUGUUCUCUUACUACCUCAAAAUCAAACCUUAGUCCACGACAAAACUCUUCUCCUUAAACCACAUCAUCGUAUAACGCUUCAGAUUCCUUCCAAUACUCAUAGCAAAUUUCAAACGCUUUUGUUUCUGUCGAUAUGCAAACAACGCGAUGGCGAAAAUUUUUGUCCAUGAAGAAUCACAUUAUUCCAUCCGUUGAGCAUUUCUCAGCUUUUCAUUCUACCCCGUGCUCCUGUCACAAAUGGAAGAGCAAUCCUGAUAUAAGAGGACAACAACCAUCUAAGAAUCAAAUCAAAUUUGUAACUCGUCAAAAGCGCGCUGAUGCAAAGAAAGCUCUAAAAAAUCUCCUUUACAAUAGUGGAUCCUCAAGAUUUUCAUUUGAGGACAAAGAAACAAAAUGGAAACAAGAUGGAAACUCCAGUGAUCGUUCAAACAGCCAUCCCAAUAAAGGACAACCAAAGUCCGGUCAAAGAUUUGGUGGAAAACCACAAAAGAAAACUAAGCAAAAAAUCAGAAGAGAAAGUUUUUGUGAGGACGUUGAUGGCCAUCCUGAACAGAUAUUUCAUGCAACAUUUGGUAACCGAUCUUAUACCUGGUCCUACAGCAAUAUGAGGGACUCUUCUUCUGAACACCCCGCAUACGGCUUUGAAUGGAGGGAACAGACAAAUUGGACAAACACAAACAAAUGGAAAAGUGCAAGCGAUGAUGAAUAUGACGUUAAUGAUAAAGAUGAUUCAUGCUUUGUAGGAUCAAGUUCUGAUAGAACUAUUCUUGGUUUGCCUCCAACAGGUCCAUUAAAGAUAGAAGAUGUUAAAAUUGCUUUUCGGUUAUCAGCUUUAAAAUGGCAUCCUGAUAAACAUCAGGGCCCUUCACAGGCAAUGGCUGAAGAAAAAUUCAAACUAUGUGUAAAUGCUUACAAAACAUUAUGCAAUGCUCUCUCCCCAGCUUAGAAGACACAAGAUGGCUUCUCAAAGCUUCCUUAAUCUCCAUCAAAGCUGGUCACUGGUGUAGCUCUAUAUAGGAUCAAAUUCAAUUGGUUGUACCAUUAUAGUAUAAUAAUCCUAAGAAUUAUAUUAUUUAGGCUCUGUCUGGUAAAAUUAGUCGAUAGCGGAUAAGUUAGUUUAUAGCUGAUGACUUAUAUAAAGUGGUUUCUUAAUAAUUCAUUUGCUUAUUGCAAUUUACCUCUUUGAU